AUGUCUACCAACGAACAGGCUGGUUCCCAGUGGGGAAUGCCCUCUGCUUUCAACCCACCAGAACCUGGGACGUCGAAACAACAAUCCGGUGUAGGUCGCAAGGAGAGUUUAGUUCUUAAUCGUAUACCGGAUAGCUCUGACGCACUCGAGUCGCCUGAAGUGCGACGUAAUCAGCCCAUUGAUCCUGUCAAUGCGAAACUUGAUCGAUUAUUGGUGGGUGUUUCACAUUUGGAAUCGCGUAUUGACGCUACUGAACGUCGCGUAGUCAAUCUCGACUCUACGCAUACACCUGAGCCUGAUCCGCAUUAUGAUAUUCAGGAGUAUGAUGACGGCGAUUUCGAUCACCAUCGGAGUAAUUUGUCAUUUCAUCGGGGCUCCAAACAUUAUUCCCACGCAGAGACAAUUCACAAUACUCGGUCAACAUAUCCUACUCGCCGGUUUCCAGAGAUUCCCUUACCCCGUCCACCACACGAUCCGGGGUACUCUGCCGGUCACCGUAUUCGUUCGGAUAGACCACCACGUCAGUUUCACAGUCAGUCCAAUCAGUUUCCUGAUUUUUCGGCAGAUCAAUUCCGCCCACGAAAUGUUUGGGAACCGCCCCAAAACCGCAAUAACUACUCCAGAACGUGGGAUAAUAAUCAUCCACGUAUGCAGUCCUGUUGGGAUCCCCCUCCGAACCGCCAUCAGUCUGGAUUUCAAAAUUCUGGAUUUCAGAAUUCGGAUUAUUUUCCUAGAGUGAAGAUGGAUCCUCCUCAUUUCGAUGGUUCUGAUGCUUCGAAUUGGAUUUCGCGGGUACAAUAUUAUUUCGAUCAUAUAAUGAUGCCGGAGGACCACAGAUUACACUACACUGUGAUGCUUUUUGAUCCACCAGUCGACGAUUGGAUAUUUAAUUAUCGUGCCAAUAAUCAUUUUGUCACUUGGCUGGAUUUUUUGGAAGAUGUUCGACAUAGGUUUGAUCCGCAAUGUUAUGAAAAUUAUAUUGGUCUUAUCUCCAAAUUAUGUCAAACGGACUCUGUGUCCGAAUAUCAAUUGGCUUUCGAAAAGAUGAUGAAUAGAAUUUCCGGCGUGCCGGAGUCUACACUCUUGCCUAUCUAUAUUACAGGAUUGAAACAACCAAUUCAAAGGCAGGUAAAGCUCCACCGUCCCUCUACUUUGGCAUCUGCUUUCGCGUUAUCUCAGGAAUUAUCGGCUACUCAUGCCGAAUCCAAUGCGCCAACAACGACUGGGUUUCACAAACGGCCAUGGGCUCAAAAGGAUUCCCGAGGACAAACGACUCGACCUCUACUUUCUUCAGACAAGAAUAUUACAACCACAAGUGCUGUGGGACAGCCGUCCUCUGCUCGCUCUCGUGAUUUUUCUAAGCUGCCGGUAGUGCGUGUUUCUAACGCCGAGAAGGCUGAGCGUUCAAGAAGGGGUCAGUGCUGGUAUUGUAAUGAUAAGUGGGCACCGGGUCAUGUGUGCAAUCAGACGUUUCUCGUUUAUAUGGGUAUUGAUGAAGAUGAGGAACAAGUUACUGACCAAGAUGAGGAUAUAGUGACAGCAGAUUUAUCUCACUUGCAAUCACGUGAUGGAAGAAAACGGGCAAAAUCUUUAACCAUUGUGGGCACUAUCGGAUCUCUUGAAGUCAGUAUCUUGAUAGAUACAGGAGCAUCUCACGAUUUUCUACAUCCCCGGGUUGCUGAGAAAUUACAGUUACCCUUGUCGCCUAUUACUCCGUUCCGGGUGUAUGUGGGAAGCGGUGAAUAUUUGCUAUGCACACAUGUUUCUAAAAAGACCACAGUGUUGAUGCAGGGGACUUCUUUCGUCUUGGAUUUACAUGUCCUUGCCGCUUAUGGUUCAGAUUUAAUCUUGGGUAUGGAAUGGUUGGAGUCAUUGGGUAAGGUUACACAUGAUUAUCCGGAGAGAACAAUGGAAUUUAUCAAAGAUGGCACUCCAGUUCUAUUGCGAGGAAUUACACCUAAUCCGCGCCCGGUUUCUAUUUGUAUGCUGUCCGCUAUGUUAUCUCGAACUACAGGCCAUGACCUAUAUGAGCUUGUGGCAGUAGACCCUUCUGACAGGGAUCUCAACGCUGAUCAGCCGCUGUCUCUUCCAACGGAUUUGCCUCCGACCAUCUUGGCAACCUUACAACAUCAUAUUCAGGUCUUCUCUACACCUUCAGGCAUGCCCCCGCGUCGGCUUUUUGACCACAAAAUUCAUCUCCAACCUAACUCCCGGCCGGUGAAUGUGCGACCAUAUCGGUAUCCAUAUUUUCAAAAGAAUGAAAUUGAACGACAAGUUCGUGAAAUGCUUGAUCAAGGCAUCAUACAGCGCAGUCAGAGUCCUUUUUCUUCACCGGUGCUGCUCAUCCGCAAGAAAGAUGGCUCUUUUAGGUUCUGUAUUGAUUAUCGUGCUCUUAACACGGCUACUGUACCUGAUCAUUUCCCAAUUCCCACCACUAAUGAGCUUUUUGAUGAGCUGGGGUCUGCGAAAUAUUUCACAAAACUUGAUUUGCGUUCAGGAUACCACCAAAUUAGGAUGCAAGAGGAGGAUGUCUUCAAGACAGCAUUUCGAACUCACGAUGGGCACUUUGAGUUCUUAGUCAUGCCUUUCGGGUUGACUAACGCUCCCUCCACAUUCCAAGCGGCUAUGAACACAAUUUUUCAGCCGUUGCUCAGAAAAUCAGUCAUUGUAUUUUUUGAUGACAUAUUGAUUUAUAGUGCAAGCUUGGAUCUUCAUGCUAGCCAUCUUGCCGAGGUAUUAUCUAUCUUGCAAGCUAAUCAGUUUUUUGUUAAGCUUUCCAAGUGUUCUUUUUGUAGCACCUCCGUCGAAUAUUUGGGGCAUAUCAUUACUGAUGGACAGCUUAAGGCAGAUUCUUGUAAAAUUGAUGCCAUGGUCGCGUGGCCCAUUCCCUCGACAAUUAAGCAGCUUAAGGGUUUCUUGGGUCUUACAGGAUACUAUAGGCGUUUUAUCGCCAACUAUGCACUUAUAGCAGCUCCUUUGACUGAUUUAUUGAAGAAAGACUCAUUUGUUUGGUCACCUGCAGCCGAGCAAAGCUUCUGUGAACUCAAAACAGCCAUGACUUCAGCUCCUGUUCUCCGUCUGCCGGACUUCUCUCGUCAGUUUUGUGUCGAAACUGAUGCUUGUGAUUUUGGAGUGGGUGCGGUUCUAUUGCAGGAUAAUCACCCGUUAGCUUUUUUCAGUAAAAAGCUUGGUCCUCGUCGCCGCGUAGCUUCUACUUACCACAAAGAAUUAUACGCAAUAGUGGAAGCUGUACAAAAAUGGAGGCAAUAUUUAUUAGGCCGAGAAUUCAUCAUCCGCACUGAUCAGAAAAGUCUGAAAGAAUUAUUGCAACAAGUGGUGCAAACACCGGAUCAACAUCUCUAUGUUCGCAAGCUAAUGGGGUAUAAGUUUGUCAUUGAAUACAAGAAGGGCAGCAAUAACAAAGUAGCUGAUGCUUUGUCCCGCCGAGAUGAACCUACGGAUAAUUCUUCUUCAGUCGAUGCUGCAUUGCUAGCAGCUGCGUCACAGCCGGUUCCAUCCAUUUUGGCAGAUUUGAAAUCUGACACAGCAGCUUCAGCCGAGCUCCAAGACUUGAUUCUUCAGAUUUCGGCCGGUCUCGCAUCCCCUCACUUCACUUUCGAUGGCGAGCUUGUUUAUUUCAAGCGUCGUAUUUUCGUUCCUGCAGAGUCUAACACUAAGCGUGUGUUGUUACAUGAACAUCAUAGUACCCCUUCUGCAGGUCAUCCGGGGUGGACCGCACGUUUAGACGCCUAG